CUUGUGACGUUCAGCCGGCUGGUCGCUUCGUAGGCGGACAUACGACACACGCGAAUUUUGUGCCAACGGCUUUUACGCGUGCGUUUCUUAUAUUUUGUGUUUCUUUGUCUGGUCCCACAGUUUGCGUUGUAAAUACGAGCGUAGCAAAAUGUCUUCAUUUUCGUUUUCGUUUGAAUAGUUUCAAUAUGUGUAUGUGUGUGUGUGUGUGUGUGCGUUAUAUCUUGCCGGUUGUUGCUGGUUGUGUGCACUUGUCCGUUAGUCUGCUCUAGUUCAGUUUGUGUUUUGAUUUCGCGCUUUCUUUAUUCCCGCAUUUCCUUUCCAAUUGUCGCAUCUUUGUUUUAACUUCAACUGCCGUUGUUGUAUAAAAAUCUUUUGUUUUAGUUUAGCAAUAAAAUGCAUAAUUUAUAUGCGCCCCGCCGUUGGGCCACUGUCAAUGCCAUUUCCGUGGACUGUCCCAUUGUGGCUUAACGAUCACUAAACACUGACCGCAAUGUAUGAAAGUGUGUGUGUGUGUGUGUGUGUGUGCGUGUCAAGUGUCGCGUCGCGUUUCCACGAGUGAAAUAUUCCAAUACCAUUGAAGCUAUUUUCCAUUCAUAAUUUUAAUCGAUUUGCAGCCGCGUCUGCCAUGUGAAGUGAACUAAAGCAAAAGUAUCUAAAUAAUAAAGAGAUACAAUUGAUAUAAAAAAGUUCAUGAAAUUAAGCCCCUAAAUAAAGUCAACACAGACACUGUCAACGUCAACGUCAGCCACAUCCGUAUCCGUCUCCGUGUCCGUAUCCGUGUCCUCUCAAGGCGCCUGACAGCGGUACGGAAUCGGAAGCUGUUGCCCAGAAUUAUGCAGCAUUAGGCACGGCGCGACAGAGUCCGAGAUAUCUAGAACGUGUAAGCAUUACGCACACAUUUAUAUUUUGGAGCUGAGCAUUCUGCCUGUUAACAAUGCGUUCGCUUCUGUACAUCGUUUGGCUGGUGCUGCCAUUUCUGGUUCCAGUUUUGGGCUCUUUCGAAUUAAGUGGCCAGACCAUUAAAGAUGCACUCGGUGAAUAUAUGCUGACGGAUAUAAUGAACAGCAAUCAGUAUACGGGCAUUGAGUUUGCGGAGGGAGAGGAUGGCUUUCCGGCCUUCAAGCUGCUCUCCACGGCAGAUGUAAAGUCGCCCUAUCAAAUGUUGCUGCCCGAGAAGCUAUACGAGUUCGCCAUACUAAUCACCUAUCGCCAGAGCUCGCUGAAGGGCGGCUAUCUGUUUAGCGUGGUGAAUCCACUGGACACUGUGGUGCAGCUGGGCGUGCAUCUAUCGCCGGUUGUCAAGAACAGCUACAAUGUGACGCUGGUUUAUGCGCAACCCGACCAGAGCGCAGGACGGAAGUUGGCCAGUUUUGCGGUUGCCCACGUGCCGGACAAGUGGAACUCGAUUGCAUUUCAGGUGUACAGUGACAAAGUGGUUUUCUAUUAUGACUGCAUACUGCGCAACACCACGACUGUGGUGCGAGAUCCCUUUGAGCUGGUAUUCGCGUCGGCCUCGGUACUGUAUAUUGGCCAGGCUGGUUCCAUAAUUGGUGGCCACUUCGAGGGCUAUUUAGAAAAAAUCUAUGUCUAUGGCAAUCCGGAUGCCAUAGCAAUUCAAUGCAUGUCGCCCCCAAAGCCAACGGUGGCCGUGCCCACGGAUUUGGAGAAUGAGCUUUCGACUGAAUCAGAUCCUGAACUCUUAGCUGAUCCUGAACAAGAAAUGAAUUCACCACCCGAUGAGCCCGUCGUCGAUGAGAAUGAUAUCACAAACGAAGGGUGGUGGUCCUCGGCAAAUAUUGAGGCAACUGACAUUUUCGACGACAGUGGUUUGCAGGCCCCCGGACAGACGCAGUUAACGCACGAGAGACCAUAUCGCGGCAUUAAGGGCGAGAAGGGCGAUCGAGGACCCAAGGGCGAUAGUAUACGUGGUCCACCUGGGCCGCCUGGUCCGCCGGGUCCCAAAGGUGAAACACCAUCGUAUCCGCCCUUUGUGGAGACACCAAGUGCGGGGGCUAAAUACACUGGCGAAUGUACAUGUAAUGCGUCUGAUAUCCUGGAAGCCUUGAAGGACAAUGAAACGAUACGCGAAACGUUGCGCGGCCCGCCCGGCCCGCCGGGCAGAGAUGGAAAGUCCGGAGCCCCUGGACUUACCGGUGCCACUGGCGUAACUGGCGCUCGCGGCCCGGAAGGUCUGCAGGGGGAGAAGGGCGAGCCAGGCGUCGACGGCAUGCCCGGAGUGAUGGGUCCGCCCGGACCUCCGGGCCCGCCUGGCUUGCCGGAGAGCUAUGAUGGCUGCAACAAAACAAAAAUUGCAAAUGAUUCGGCUUCCGUUUCCCCCCAACUUCCUGACUCAGUGGAAUCCCUAAUGGGCAACUCAAUGGGCAGCCUACGCAGCUCCACCUCCACCCAGGCAGGACCUAAAGGAGCGACCGGCGAUAAAGGUGAGCCCGGACGUCCAGGAGAACGAGGUGAAAAGGGUCAUAAAGGUGCGCAUGGACCCGCUGGACCCAAGGGUGAGCCCGGCGCUCCAGGCCUACCCGGAUUGGCUGGCCAGCCGGGCGAUGGCAACGGCACCAAGGGCGAGCGCGGCGAAAAGGGCGAGAAGGGCAUGCGGGGCAGACGAGGUGGCACCGGCGCAACCGGACCAAUUGGACCACCCGGCAAACCAGGACCCAUGGGUGAUAUCGGACACUCGGGACGCCCUGGAAUGAUUGGACCUAAGGGCGAUACGGGCGCCAAAGGCGUCAAAGGCGACUCAGGUGGACGCGAUGGCGCCAAAGGUGAGAAAGGUGAUCGGGGCAGCGACGGCCGUGACGGCUUGCCAGGCCCACCUGGACUGCCGGCCAGCACAGGUGCUGGCGAUGGUGACAGCAGUGGCGUCCAGUAUAUUCCCAUGCCUGGUCCGCCAGGACCGCCAGGGCCGCCUGGCCUGCCCGGCUUAUCGAUAACUGGACCCAAGGGAGAAGCAGGCAUGGAUGCGCGCAGCAGCUUCUUCGGAGACGCCUCCUACUACGGUCGACCAGGUGCGCGCUCAUCUUUAGACGAACUUAAAGCACUGCGAGAGCUGCAAGAUCUGCGCGAUAGGCCCACAGAUGGCACAGCUGAGCCACCGCGACAGACGGCGCACUCACACAAGCACGAGGAGUCGCCCCUGGGCAUUGGCUUGGGCUUGGGAGAUGGCGAGGAGUUGCCAUACUUUUCCGCAUCAUCAUCGAACAUGAACAUGAGAAUCGUGCCAGGUGCAGUUACCUUCCAGAACAUAGACGAAAUGACAAAGAAGUCCGCGCUCAGCCCACCCGGCACCCUGGCGUACAUUACCGAGGAGGAGGCGCUGCUCGUGCGCGUCAACAAGGGCUGGCAGUAUAUAGCGCUGGGCACCUUGGUGCCGAUUGCAACACCAGCCCCGCCCACCACAGUGGCGCCGUCCUUGCGCUUUGAUUUACAAUCGAAAAACUUGCUGAACAGUCCACCUCCCUUGCUCAAUACGCCGACGUGGUAUCCGCGCAUGCUUCGCGUGGCGGCCCUCAAUGAGCCCUAUGGCGGUGACUUACAGGGCAUUCGAGGCGCGGACUUUGCCUGCUAUCGCCAAGGCCGGCGAGCGGGUCUGCUGGGCACCUUUAAGGCGUUCCUCACCUCCAGGGUACAGAACCUGGACUCUAUAGUGCGUUCGGCCGACUGGGAGCUACCGGUUGUAAAUACCCGCGGAGAUGUACUUUUCAAUUCCUGGAAGGGAGUCUUUAACGGCCAGGGUGGCUUCUUCUCCCAGGCUCCGCGCAUUUAUAGUUUCAGCGGCAAGAAUGUGCUUACAGAUCCACUAUGGCCGCUUAAGCUAGUCUGGCACGGCUCUCUGCCGAACGGAGAACGCUCCAUGGACACCUACUGCGAUGCCUGGCACUCCAGCUCGCACGAGAAAUUCGGCUAUGCCAGCAACUUGCUCGGCAACAAGCUGCUCGAUCAGGAGCGCCAGCCCUGCGACGGCAAGCUGAUUGUGCUCUGCGUGGAGGCACUGUCGCAGGAUCGGCGGAAAAAGCGUGAUGUCAGCAGCAGUCGCAGUCACAGUCACAGUAGCAGUCGCAGCAACAGUCGCGGCAACAGCGACAGUCACAGUCCCAUUGGCGAACUGGAGCUGGAGUUCAGCACGGCCGAGGAGUACGCCGAGCAUUUAGACAAUUUACUGCUGUAAGAGACCACCUAGAGAGAAGCAUGGGCGGGAAACGGUAUUUGUAACUGUAACGCGCAUUAUAUGAAUACCAAUGCAAUACAAAUGUGAACACCACAACACACCAAUACCAAUGCCAUACUCAUGAACACUCAGACACACACAAACACAUACACAUUUAAUGUAAACGUAUAUCAUGGCCAUGCAUAUAAUCAGAGGAUUCCAACUAAACCAAAAAAUACUCAAGUAAGCGAUCGAUUAACAAUUGCAUAGUGAAAUAUGAAGAUACAUAUAUACUUA